GCGGCGUCCUGUUAGCAGUGUGGACCACCCUCCCUCUCUACCGGGCGGUGAUUAUCAGCAACCACUCAUCAGUUUCUAAUGCAGGUCAGUGAUCGGAUACUACACGAAAGUGGCCGUUGGACUAAUACAGCCAAAGGCAUCAUGUGAGUUAGCGCUAGCGUAUUAGCCAACGCCUAACGACAGCUGAGGGCGAAUGAAACACGAGGUUGAUACUACGGGUUUAAAUACAACUGUAGUCGUAAUCAGGGGCUAUUUGUUUCCACCUGAGUAAAACGGACAGACACCCUCCAUGUCCUAAGGAGAAGAUCAUUGGCUUGACUUGGAGGCGUGACAAGGCAAGACGUCUGAGUGACACCAAAUUUGUUAGUGGGAGUUAAGCUGAAAGCUGCGCUCGUCUACGUCUCACCUGGGAAAAAUAUGGGAAUCGAGCAAUCCAAGAGCGAAGAGCUGAACAAGGAUGGGUCAGUUCCUGAGGUGCAUGAAAAUGGAUCAGUGAAUGGCAUCACAGCAAGUAUCACACCCAAUGGACUGAAGGCAGAUGUCAAAAGUGAGGUCACUGUCCAACAAAAUGGCAAGCCCCUCUCUUUGAGCCUGUCCACAGAAUCAUCUGGGCCCGAUGGUGUGGUGGUCCAAACCAACACUGAACCUGUGGAGGCUCAGGUCGUCACUGAAAUCCCUGAGACCGUCAACCUGAAGGAGGAGAUCAAGAAGGAAAAAGUCAAGGCCUUUGGUAACAUAUUUAAAAAGAAAGCAGCUGGUGCCAAGAACCUUCAGAAACAAGCUGCCUCAGACGAAGAACUCACGAACGUCGUUGAUCCACAGUUUGAGGCAGGCCAGCAGCAACAACCUGAAUCCUCAUCAACGGAGCCGCUAAGCGCGAGCGCAGCCGCCGAAGAAGCCGACAACGGCAGCAGCCAACCUCAGGAAGAGCAGGAGCAGAGCGACCCCGCGGAGAUUUCAGUUAUGAACUUCUUCAAAACACUAGUGGCUCCCACUAAAACGUCUAAAAAGGAAACCGCUACUCCUGAUGCCUCAAAAGAUCAGUCGCAGAAGGAGACCCAACAAGCAGCAGCCAUUACUGUUGCUCAGGUAUCUGAACCACCUGCAGCACCCAAAGGAAUGUCUAUUCCACCACCACCUCCACCAGAGCCACCGAAAAUGGAAAUCAAAGGCGAACUCGCUGCCAAGUCUGCAAAGCCUGCUCCGAAGGAGGAACCAAAGGCUGCUGCAAAGGAACCCGCGUCUUCGAAGGCAAAGUCAGCCAAGAAUUCAUUCAGCAAAUUGUUCCGCCCAAAGAGCGAAAACAAGGUUGAACCUCAGGAGAUCGCAAAAGAGGUUGAACAGUCAGUGGAACAGGUGGUGGAUGGUUUACAGCAGCUAGUGGUAGAAGCUGAGAGGUUAGAUCCCUCAAAAACUAGCACCCUCGAGGCUGUUGCGAAGCCAGAACCACCACCACCGGCUCAGGAAGAAAAGAAACCGGCUUCAAAAUCACCCUUCGAUCUCUUCAAGCCUAAAACCGGGCCCAAGAAAGCAGCCUCUGCCCCGACUGCAGCGGCUGAAGCGGCCCAACCUGCUAAAGCCAAGGAGGAACCAAAGACUGUGGCCAAGUCCUCUGAGGCAGUUGUAGAAAACAAACAACCUGCAGCGGUCGUUCAAGCUGGAGACACUGGAGCCAGCGUGCCCAAAAAACUGGAGAAGAGGAACUCGAUCCAGCUGUUCUUUAAAAACCUGGGUCAGAAACGUAACUCUAUAGAUGCCGGGGUCCAGACAGAGCCGGUCGUUGUUGCUCCAGCAGCUGAGAAGGCCAAAUGAAACCAAAACCAAUGCAACUGGUUUCCAUGCACAGACUCUCUCUCUCCUCGUAGCUUUCACUCAAUCUUUAUAAAUAUCCUUCUCUCCCAUCUCUUCAACCUUUAAAGUCACUUUAACGUUUUUUUUUUGUUUGUUUUGUAUUAGUCAGUGUUUAAAUCACAAAGGAAAACUAUAAGUAAAUAAAAAGCAAGUGACCAGCGAGUGUCAGAGAAGUGAGCAGACAGCGUCAAGUAGUGUUGAACGGAAACGGUCAAAGAGUGAAACUGAUUGUGGUUUUUGAGAUAUAAAUCAUUGUGAUCAUAUAAAUGUAUGGACAAGUGUAGCAAAACUAGUGUGGAAGCUGUUUGAGAGACAUUUGUAGUGACUUGGCUUCGCUCCUGCAUCACACGCUGGGUUUAUUCAGUAACACAGCACCAUGCUUUGCUUUUGUGUAUAUUCAUUUUUCUGCUUGCUAGAUGGAAAUGCAAUGUCGCAUUGCUGAUUUUUUUUUACAGUUAAUACCAUAAAGAAAUGAUGCAGUCACAGCAAAGCAGAGGUCAGUAUGAAAUGAUAUUGCUAAUGGCACUUACACGUAUAUAACAUCACAACUGCUUCUAUUAGAGCUGAUAGAGGAGUGUGCUCAUGUAACAAAGUGCACUUUCAUCCUUUAUGUUAAGAACAUACAAUAUAUCUAUUAACAGUCAUAUAUUGGACCAUAUGGGACAAUUACAAUCUUUACUAUUCUGUAGGGAAGGAACAAACAUGCGAGUUGGUGAAAUGGUUUUAUUGUGAUUCAUUUUACAGUAAAUCACUGUGAUUUAACAUUUUUACAGCAGCACUUUGUGUGUCAAAAAGUUUUAAUUAAAGUCUUGUGGUGUUUUGUCAUUUGAGUUUGGUAUUCGUGCAGUUAAUAUAUGUGUAUUUUUAUGUCUUUGAAGACAAUAAACAUGUUUACCACUUGUGUGUCCUUCAUCAGUGUAAAGUACCACUUGGAAAAAAAAAUAAACAUGACAUCCUGUUACCUCAA